AUGUCCUUCCCGCCGCCUCGCUCACUGCUGAAUCCUUACCCGGAGCCACUUCCACCCUAUACUCCGCGCCAGCCCCGCGUCAAUGAGCCAGAAACGGCUUCUAUCCGCUCAAGCGCCCCCUCUUAUGUCUCUGCAGCUCCGUCCUACCAUUCAUCCCCGCCGCCACAUCACACGAGAGCGAGCGAUAUUGGGUCCACGCCGGACAACAGCUUGCCAACCCAAAGCAAUUCUUCGGCACCACCUCCCACAUCAAGCCCUUCACGGCAGACUGGCCUCCCUUCUUCCCAGAGGUAUGCGCCUGGCUUCGAAACAAGGGGCGGCGACUUGUCUCACGUGAACGUUCGGUCACUAUAUAAUAUAUCCGAGUGGGUUCCUGUCACAGGAGGCCUACAGGCUCGACAUUAUCACAAUGUUGCCAAAAGACGAGUGACGGAUGCAUCAAGAUCUCUGUUUCCCUCUUUAUUCUCUGAGCCGGCGCACGGAGCGCGAUACGAGAAUGCUGGCAUGCCUGAUACGUUCCAGCGACGCUACACCGCUCCAAGCUUGGGUUCUGGUGGCGCUGGUCCUUCUGGAGAGAGUUAUAAUUUAUCUUCUUUGAGCUUAGUAAAUAAUUUCUCUCCGGAAUCGAGCAAUCAUCCUCGAUCCCACUCACCCCACAAUGCCACUGGAAGCAGUGUUUCCUUAGACUACUAUCCAGGGAAUCCCUCUUCUGAAGACCUUACAUUCUAUCCUCUUGAAGAUCCUGAUCUGGUUGGCGAGGCGGCCGCAGCGAGAUUCCGUUCACAGCGCAUUUACAGGACGCUUCAGCAGGAGGAGAACUUUUACCAGCAAACGCAACAUUCUGGAUCAAAUGCCCGGCAGCACGAACCCAGGCAUCCUGAUCACGUAUAUCAGUACAGCUCGCUGAUCGCCGAAGCCGACAAUCUAAAUAUCCGUCAGCGACCAUCCACUGCCCCUGGCUUGUCAUCCCACGAACCAUUUAACACAGAUUCAGCCGGUCCAUCAAACCCUGAAGAAACUGUAGACACUCUUCAGCGCUCUAAUACGGUGGUUGAUUAUGAUGAACUUCUUCGUGCUCAAGAGUCAAAAACCUGGGACUGUAUGCUCGCACAGAUGGCCGACUGGGAGGAGCGCCAGCGCAACUGGAAGAAGUUCAAAGACGACUUGGAUAAGAGAUUGAACUCCAGUCUCAAGAUCGGCAUGGGUUGGAGUAUGUGGUCGCCUGGUGGCGGGAGAAGAAAGUUGAAAAAAGAGCAAUUUGGUAGCCAUCCGGGCCUGAAGAAGUGGAAGAGCAAGGUUGGUUUAGCAAACUGAGAAGAAGCUGUUUACUAGCUUUUUAUUUUAUUUUAUUUUUUUUUUAUUUUAUUUUCUUUCUUUCUUUCUUUUUUUUUCCUGGGAAAUUCUUUUGUGUUUUUCUUCUCAUGUUUCAAAGAUUGAGGACUUUUUGAAGUGCUGCGAAACGGAUUUCGCCGGGUGAGCCCCUUUUUGGAAAUAGUAUGAGUUAUGCAAGGUUAUGAUUUACUCUUUUGUGCGAUUUGACACGCCAUUCCGGUGCCAUGCUUGAUUGAUGAAUUUGAGGUCCUUCUAGCACCACGAUACCGGAAGUGUUAGCUUUUGGCGGCUCCAUUGCUUGAAUUUCGAUGACUCGCAUUCUGUUCCACAUUCGAUGCAUUUUUCGGUGCUUCUUUGCGGUUUCGUCUCUUGCCUCGGGGCCGUGUGCACCCCCAGCCGCUUUUUUUAAGUCCAAUUCUAGAGUGCUCCGCACGCAGAACUAAUGUAAGGUGAUUUUCUUCCAAUGACUUUGAAAAUGACUAAAUGGAUUGAAAAAAGAAAGAUAAAUAAACGAGAAU